AUGCAGAUGCACAGAUGCACACAUACACACAUAGACACAUAUGAGGUGCAUGCCCUCCUCAGUAUCCUCGAUGUCGCUGCCCUCCUCGCCCCCCUCGAUGGCCACCGCUCCGGCGAGAGGAACGGCUCUAUAUUCGCCAGCGUCGCCGACAUUCUGGACGGCAGCACGGAGCUCCACCCGGGCGCUCCCUGCGAAUUCCACAUCUGCGAGGACGACUCGGGCCUAGGAGCCGAGGAGAUCAUAGAGACGGGCCCGCCGGACCCGGCAGCGAUCCCGCAGGAAAAGGGCAAGUCAGGGCCCAAGGGCGCGGGGAAGCCUGCCGGGAAGGCCUUUGGCAAGCCCGCCAGCCCUUGGGGCGGCGACAAGGGCUUCGGCAAGGCGCCGACCAAGGCGUACUCGAAGGGCUGGGGCGAGCCCUACGGCGGUAAGGGCGGCGCCUACAGCGGCGGAAAGGGCAAGGACCUCGCGUUGUG